AUGGCUCUGAUGAAAGCAAAUGUACUGAAGUGGCAUUUUCUUUUCCGACUUUUCUUCCAGUACACACUGCGCUGUGACAUGAGGCGGUCUUUGUUGGCCAAGGACUUGACCAAGACCUGUGAAUUCAUCGUUCACUCUGCCCCUCAGAAGGGGAAACUGACUCCAAGUCCUGUGGACUUCACGAUCACCCCUGAAACCUUGCAGAAUGUCAAAGAGCCAGUCCAUGUGGAGACCUGUGGGUGCGCAGAAGGGUAUGCGCGAGACGCCACAGAGAUUCAGAACAUCCAGAUUGCCGAUGGGGACGUUUGCCGGGGCCUCUCCAUUCCCAUACACAUGGUUUUCCCCAGGCUGUUCACGUGCCCUACGCUGGAGACCACCAACUUCAAAGUGGAAUUUGAGAUCAACAUCGUUGUGCUUCUUCAUGCCGAUCACCUCAUCACGGAGAACUUCCCACUGAAGCUCUGCAGGACGUAGCCCACGAGGGCCACGUGGGAAACAGGCAUAACCGAGCGGACAUCCAGCCUGUUGCCAGACUGUUACGGGGAGCCACAGGCUGCAGCACAUACUCGUUUUUGUGAUGAUUCUGCAUCAGAAAUGAAUCUGACUCCUCAAAGUAUAAUCACCCUCACCCUCGUUUCCUCGAGGCUUCCACUUCUAGUGGGCACCCUGUAAUCAGACCUUUUCUUUGAAAUGCAGCAGGAUUUCUUAAUGUCAUUUGCAAGAUCGUUUCACAGGAAACAACAUUUCCUAUUAUUCCUGGCUUACCUGUUCAUUUUUAGGUAGAGUAAAGCCAUUUCUAACAGCAGUCAGAGUUUUGCUGGAAUGUGGGACCAUGGGUACAAAAGGAAACCUCGUCAUAAGUUGCUAAUGGAACUCUUGGCAGCAAAGGGCCUGUGGCCACUGCUAAAUAACCACGUGGACUUGCCGCUGAUGAAAUCUGUAGACACCCUACAGGGAAAAGUGCCCAGUGGCAUCCACUGGAAAUGUGUGGCAUUUUUUUCAUCAAUUCGGUAGUUCUUUUUAUAAUACUUUCCACUAUGACAUCAAGCCUUUAGGGAACUGGGACAGAAGUCCCCCUUGCUGUCACAGGAGUUAGGGGUUGGGUAGUGAUGGCUGGUGCUGGAGCGUUUCUGAGGUCCUGGGAACUGGUGUAAAAAAAUCUCAUGCUGCCAUAUUCCCAGAAGACAUAUAAACACAAGGCUGGGUAGGAAGAACUCCACAUCCCAUGUCUGCUCCUGUUUUUGUUGGGUGGGUUCUGAAUGGCAGGAAACCCACCCCCAGCACAGCAGGUGGAGCCCUCUGCAUGAGGUGAUCUCAGGAAAGUGCCCGUGACUUGGUGAACUUGGCUGGUGUCAGGCCUGCCUGAAGCACCUGUGCUUAGAGCCGUGGGCUUGGGACCUGAAACCAUUUUUACUUAGCCUCUCUGUUGUGGUUCUUACAGUAUGGUGAGUCUGGUGCAACCCAUUUCUUCCUUCAGAUCCUGCCCUUGCUGCUGUUGGUUCGCAAAUAGUAAGACCACAAAAACAAGUCAUGCUACUCUGCAUGCCGACUGGCCUUCCCCCAGCACCCCUCUUCCUAAGUAGACCUGGGCCAGGCUGACUCAGGCUGAAGGCCUCUCAGGCCAUGCUUCUGCUGCCCCUUAACAGUAUGGUGUAUGUGUGAGAGGACAGAUAAACCGGACUAGGGCCUUGCUUUAUUCUAGGGCUUUACCGGUGAAGUUGAUAAAACUUACCGACUGAGUCACGUAAUAGUUGGUGCCCAAAGAAUACAUUUCUGGUUUAUAUAUAUAUAUAUAUAUAUAUAUAUCUAUAUAUAUCUCCUUUUAUGCUCAUGUGACAAUAAUAAUCUUCCUUGGUUAUAUAUUUAGAGUAGCAGAAAAUUAAAGGGCAACACUUUCUGGGAAAUUUCUAGGAUAGGAAUAAUUUUUAAUAAAAAAAUACAGAAGUCAAUGAAAAUUUUGAGAAACUGGGAUUUAUAUUGUACAAUUUUUCAGUAAACUGGUUUUAUGAUUAUAAAUACGAUGAUUGUCUCCUUAGAGGAGAAUAAUUAUUAGCCUGCAGAGCUGCUACCCACCCAACUAUCUAUCAUUUCAUUCAACCCUGAGUAGCCCACGUUAGGGCCUCAGUUUGGCCAUUUCCUUCCACUUCGCGGAGUGACACCUCCAUGACUGGUUAUUAAGGAAGACUCAGGCGUUUGGAUAUCUUGGACCUCAACUGUCCCAACACUGCUUUGGCUGGAUGGAGCUGCGGUGUCCCACUGUUGCGGGCUCGAGGUUAUCAGAUUCUCCAAUUGGUUAGACCUAGAGGAGAGGAAAGGUA